GGGUGGAGAGCAGAUCGAUGAGUGGACGAACAAGUUGAUGGGCAAGAAGAUCGGUGACAACCACGAUGAAGUUACCUUCGCGAAGAAGGAUCUCCCCUCGGAGCACCGUGUCCUCCAGCCCGACUCGAUGAGCACCAUGGACCACAAGCCCGACCGCCUCAACAUUCACGUCGAUGAGCAGGGCACCGUCAAGAACGUCCGAUACGGUUAAGCAUUCUCUAUCACGAUCGCAAUGCGCAUGAUACUAUGAGCUAGGAGUUAGGGUGGAUUGCCUAAGCGUAUUCAUGGACGAUGCACGCUUGGACCAGUGUUCACGGAUA